UUGGUUUAGAGCUCGAGGCCAAAUCCGUCGUACCGGAUGCGGAAGCGCCUGUAAUCGCUGCAGUUCAUUUAAAAUGGUUGAUGGCGGUGAGGAGACGGUAGAUGUUUUGAAGCAAAUGUCUUUAAGUGGUUACGCUAAUGGCGGCGUCUUUUGUUGCCUGUUUGUGGUUUCCUGUUUUACAAAUAAGUAUGUCCUGUCUGUUCUGAAAUUCACAUAUCCCACCCUCUUUCAAGGAUGGCAGACAUUUGUUGGAGGACUUCUUCUCCUCGUCUCUGGGAAACUGGGGCUGGUUGAGAUGAACACGUUUCCAAGAUCUGCAUUUCUCUCCUGGUUUCCUGGGUCGCUGAUGUUUGUGGGGAACAUCUAUGCGGGAUCUCGAGCUCUGUCUCGUUUACCCAUCCCAGUCUUCUUCUCUCUUCACAAUACCUCCGAAGCUGUGACUUACCUGGUCCUGCGGCUGACGCACAGAGAGCAGACAUCUUUCUUAAAGCUUUCAAGCGUCAGCCUGCUGCUCAUGUCCGCUGUUAGUCUGUCUCUUCUCGACCCUCAGUUUGAUCCCGGCGGGUACUUCUGGGCUCUUAUGCACCUUUUGAGUGUAGGAGGAUACAGGGCGUUUCAGAAGCUUCCAAGAUAUAGUCAUCUAAGUGAUCUUGAACAGCAGUGCAUCAACUACAUAUUCAGUGUUCUGCUGUUAGCCUUCGCUGCUCAGCCAACAGGUGAUCUGCUUGCUGUAUUCAGCUUCCCUUUUCUCAAGUCCUACAAGUUCCAAAGUGGAUGUUGUGCAAGUGCGCUUCUGGGAUUCUUCUUGCUGCUGAGCACAGUGAAGCUAAAGAGAAGCUUUUCCGUGGAACACUGUGCAGUCUGGGUCUUCGCCGCCAAGGUCGUCACUGCGUUCUUGUCCCCUUUUGUGUUCGACCUUGUUGUCAACAAACCACUUCUCUGUUGCCUGCUGCUCAACAGCUUUGGAGAGGCCCUGCUCAUAUAUUCAAAGUAAAAUACCUUGGAGAGAGAGAGCAUCAUUUGGACCACUGAGGAGGCUGUUCACAGAAACAAACUUUGUUGCCUUGGGAUGUUUAGAUGCCUCCUCUGCCUAGAUAUACUGGACAUCGAGUACUUUUCAUAGGAAUCGGUUCUGCCUUUGUUAGAAUUUCUAUAGCUUUUGGUGCAUUCACUUUCUCUUUUUUGGGGUGGGGGCAUUUGUGAAUUGUGAAAGUCUAAAUUUGUUUAUAAAUACAAUAUUUCAAGUAUGAAAUCUUUGGAAAAAUAUUUUUAUUAUUUCUAGCAAAAAUAACUUGUCAUCUUUGACCCAGUUCAUUCUGGUGAAAUAAUGUUUUUGAUUGUAUGGUCACACCUUCAAAAAUUAAAGUAUA